ACAUCACACCCGUUUCAUUCUCGAUUCAGUUCGCGUCCAAAGUUGACUUCAGUCGGGUCUGAUGCGUAGACGCGGCGUAUACGUGAUGCUGACGUUGUGCGGUGUGGUGACCGCUGCUCUAACCGCUUUUCUAGUGGUCACCCUCACCGGCGGGCAAGUAGCAGAUGCAUCCGAUGCAACAGUAAAGGUGGAACUAUCCAAUGGCCAGGGGGAAGUGCUUGGCAAUUAUGGCUACACAGCUUGGACGGAUCAAACUUUUAUGCAAUUUCGUGGCAUUCCCUUUGCCGAACCACCAACGGAGGAGUUGCGUUUUCGGCCACCUGUGGCCCGCUCACCAUGGACGGGCACCCUCGGCGCACUGAACUUUGGACAACGGUGUCCCGUGAUAACCAAUCUGGAUGGCCAGUUGUCUGAUGCUGAACUCGAAGAUUGCCUCAAUUUGUCGGUCUACACCAAAAAUCUCUCUGCAAGCCAGCCUGUAAUGUUUUACAUUUAUGGCGGAGGCUACUAUAAUGGAUCAGCCGAGGAUCACCCACCAAACUAUAUCCUAGAGAAGGACGUGGUACUUGUGGUACCCCAAUAUCGAGUUGGAGCCCUCGGCUGGCUGUCGACAUACACGGAAGAGCUUCCUGGAAAUGCUCCCAUUGCGGAUAUUCUACUGGCUCUCGAAUGGGUACAACUGCAUAUUGAUCGCUUUGGUGGUGACCCCGAAAGGGUGACUAUAUUUGGCCAAAGUGCCGGAGCUGGAGUAGCUAGUUCUUUGUUGCUGAGUCCCCGAACUGGCGACAAUCUGUUUAAGCGAGCCAUUGUGCAGUCCGGUUCGAUUUUCGCCAGUUGGGCUAUUAACAAGGAUCCACGGGCACAAUCACAAAGGAUUUGUAUUAAGUUGGGAUGUCCUAGCUGUGAACAGCCGGAUCAGCUGGUGGAGUGCUUACAAAAGGCUAAAGUUAAAGAUAUUCUGGUGGCCACAACCUCAGAGUCUUUUUCGCCUAUUGUAGGUGAUUUGCAGGGCAUCCUGCCGCAACAACCCAAUGAGCUCGUAAAAAGCUAUAGCAAACAGAUUCCCUUGCUUACAGGAUUUACUCAACAUGAUGGUUCCUUCGUACUAGCAACCUAUUAUGAUGCUCUGGCAGCCAAGAUGUCCAAUGUGAGUUUGUUAAGUGUUCGCCAGUUUUCUCAAGGUAUUAAUGACAUGGUUAAUGACACUUCGGGACUCACGGAUAACAUUUUGAGUCGCCUGCUCUUUAGGCCAAAGAUACUCAACAGCCAUGAUCACAAUGCUGCAGUUCCCCCUUACUUUGAUCUGACUUCGGCAAUCUUUAUGAAAUCCCCUGUGAUAACGCUGGCCACUAAAAUCUACACCUCACAACCGUCAUCGCCCGUUUAUCUAUAUAGUUUUGAGUACGAGGGCAAAUACACUCGAUUUGGCUAUGAGUUCGGCAACUCACACUAUCCAUUCAAUGGAGGAGUGCAUCACUCGAACGACAACAUCUAUCUGUUCGCCACUCAUCCUCUUGAGGGGCAGGACACUCAGAUGGCACAGAAAAUGGUGGAGAUGUGGACCUCAUUUGCCAUCGAUGGCCAUCCCAGCGAACUGAGUCCUUUGACCAGUGCAAGUGGACCAUACAAUCAACUUAAUUUGGAGAUAACUAAAGGAGAAGAUUUAUUGGACACUCUGACGGCCGCAAUCGAUGAUCCCGACAAUGGGCGAUUGCAGCGAGAGGAUAUGGAGUUUUAGUGGAGUGCCAUACGAUUGAUUAUUUAGAAAGUGUAAAUAUUUUUCUAUUAUAUAAGCAGUAAAGUUUUAGAUUUAACAA